AUGGUGCAUCUCAGGGAGAUCCCGCGGACGGCGGUUUUUGCAUGGUCGCCUGGCACUGGCAAGCCGUUUCUCGUCAGCGGGACUCGCGCCGGCGCUGUCGAUGCUGACUUCUCCGAUGAGACAAAGCUCGAAAUCUGGGAUCUGAGCCUAGACAGCUUGGGCCACGCAAUCGAGCUGCAACCCAUCCACAGCAUCAGCACGGACUCGAGGUUCUACGACAUUGCUUGGGGCCCGCCGGAUGCCGACCAUCCACGCGGUAUCAUUGCUGGUGCCUUGGAGAACGGUUCGCUCGACCUCUGGGAUGCCGAAAAGCUUGCGACCGGGGCUUCCGAUGCGCAUAUUGAACGUGCUACAAAGCAUAGCGGCGCGAUUAGGGCUGUCCAGUUCAACCCAUUGAAGCCCCAGAUCCUCGCGACGGCUGGCGCAAACGGCGAGCUCUUCAUUUAUAAUGUUGAGGAUAUCCAGAACCCGUUCCGGCUCGGUAACGCCGCUGCCUCCCGUGUGGACGACAUCGAAUGUCUGGCCUGGAACAAGAAGGUGUCCCACAUACUAGCAAGUGGUAGUUCUGGUGGACUGGUAACCGUGUGGGACGUCAAGACGAAGAAGGCGUCCUUGACACUGAACAACAACCGUAAGGCUGUCAGUGCCAUUGCGUGGGAUCCAACGAACUCGACAAAGCUCGUCACUGCUUCCCCCGACGACAACACGCCCGUGAUCUAUCUCUGGAACCUGCGCAAUUCCAAUGCCCCGGAAAAGACACUAACAGGCCAUGAGCAAGGCACCACGAACAACUCGGCCGAUGCACAGGUGGCAGCGCAGAGCAGUAUGGAUGCCGAAGAUUUUUUUGCAACUGCUCAUGCAUCUCCUUCGGUUGUGAACUUCUCUCUGCCAACCCCCCCAAACUGGUACUUGAAGCCUAUCGGCGCUGCGUUUGGUUUUGGAGGCAAAGUUGUUUACUUUACCCUGAACGACACGCCCGCUGGGCAGCCCCAAUCAUCCACCGUUCAUAUUGAGCGGUUUUCGGCUGACUCUGACCACAUUGAGGGCGCCAAAACCGACCAAGAAAAGGCGGAUUGGGAGGUGCUUGAAACUCUUAUCGACGAAAACCCUCACGCUCCUGACACCGAUGGCGACAAAAGGCAAGCAGCUACAAAUGCAGAGAGUGGGCCAUCCAAAGACGCGGUUGGCGAAAAGAAAAAGGAAAACCGCAUGUCCAAUCUCUUUGGGGAUGGGGAAGAUGCUGACGGUGAUGACGAAUUUCUGGCUGGUCUGUCUCGCGAAAAGGGUGUCAAGCUAUCGCAGCCAUUCCAUCUGCUCGGCAACUUUACGCGGGCUGUUGACAUCUGCCUGCGGGAAAAUCGCAUCGCCGACGCAUUCGUUAUUGCCAACUGUGUCAUUUCCGAGGACCUCUGGGAUAUCGUCCACAACGCCGAUUUGGCGAACUGGAAAGAGUCAUUGGCGACACUCUGCACAUUUGCAAAACCUGCCGAAUUUCCUAACUUUUGCGAAGGUCUUGGCGAUCGCUUAGAAAAGGUGGUGGAAAUUUGGAUUACAGAGCUGGAAGAAGCUGAAAAAGCUGGAGUCAAGGACAAUAUGGAGGACUCAUCUUUCGCAUUCAGCGACCCAGAAGCCACUCUCGCUUCAGGCUGGAAGCUUGCAUCGCUAUACGACAAGUACAUCGAGUACGCCGAUAUCAUGGCGUCCACCGGGCUCAUGUCUGUUGCACAGAAGUACCUAGAUCUCGUCCCGACGACUUACGAGGCGGCUGAACUGGCGCGCAGCCGACAAAGCAGGACUCCAGCGACUCGAACGCCGCUUGUCCAAGGCGGCGUCACCCCGACGAAUCCAUAUAGCGCCCCAGCUCCUCUGGCGUCAUCCACCCCAUCGUAUAUUAGCCAAAGUUAUGCUCCGCCACAGCAGACCUCCACAUAUGCUCCUCCACUCGGCGCGUACGGAGCACCGUCUGCUAACCCAUACGGUGCCCCUCCACGCAACGCAACCCCUACAAGUCUGCCUCCCCCGCCUAAGGCAAAGGAUACCUUCUCGGGCCCGCCGCCGCCCAACAGCCCCUAUGGUGCUGGCUCCCGAGGUGGCUCCACGCCUCCCCCUCCCCCCAAGGGUCCAGCACCCCCCCGUGUGAGUUCCCCUCUUGUUGGCCCGCCAUCAAGUACGACCAAUGCGCCGCCUCGUCCCACGUCUUCAGUCGCAAAUGCGUACGCACCACCGCCCCCUGCCACCGGCAGUACUCCGAGUCUUAGUAUGAACCGCCCGGCUCCUCGGACAGACUCCCCUUACAAUACGCCUCCAACAGGAGCACCACCGCCGAGUCGAUACGCACCCGCUCCAUCUGCACAACAAGGCUCCCCGGCAGGACUUACGCAAAACGGGGCAUCAGUCGAACCUCCUCCUGGCUCUGCUCGUACACCAUCCGGCCAAUAUGCUCCACCUCCAGCAGCAGCACUAGGCCAAUAUGCACCUCCAGCCUUUGAUACAGGUCUUGGCACCUCCGGUCCGCCACCCGUUGGACCUCAUCUGUCCGCUGGUGGACCCCCUCGUGCUACGCCUUCAGCUGCUGCAACUGCCACGCCCCCGCCGCCGCAGACCACUGGUCCGCUGCUACGAAAGAGUAAAUAUCCUGCCGGCGAUCGGUCUCACAUCCCGCCGAAGGCCCAAAAGCUUGUGCAGGUUCUGGAAUCCGACCUACAGCGAGUCGCGGCUCGGGCUCCAGAAACUUUUAAGCCGCAGGUGAAUGACACCCGGAAACGUCUAAACCUUCUUUUCGAUCACCUCAACAACGCAGAGCUCGUCAAGGAUGAUACGAUCCAGCAGCUUCACGAUCUCGCUAUUGCCCUGGAAAGCAAGGCCUAUGACUCGGCCCAAAAGCUCCAGGUCGACAUCCACCGUGAAAAGUCGGAAGAGUGCGGUCACUGGAUGGUCGGAGUCAAGCGCCUGAUUGCAAUGAGUAAGGCUACACCGUAG